AUGAUAGACUUUCUUCUGAAGAACAAGUACACACAUCAGUACAGAAGGGUAGCAUCCCCAGAGUGCCAGGGUGUCUGGAACACAGACGUGGUCACCCAGCUGCUCAGGUUGAAUCCUCUGGAUGCAGCCAGCUUCCUGUCCUUCAGCACCAUGUCCUGGAUGACUCCGGUGAUGUGGUCCAUGUUCAGGAAGCAGCUGGACCCGAGCACACUCAGUCCGUCUCCUCUAGACGGAGCCGACGUCAACGGAGACAGGCUGCAGAAGCUGUGGGAACAGGAAGUGUGUGCGGUCGGCCUGCAGAAAGCGUCUCUGAUUCGAGUGUUGCUUCGUUUCCAGAGAAACCGGCUGCUGCUGGUCAUCGCCAUCUCAGUCGUCUUCAUGGUAGCGAUGUUCUGCUGUUCAGGAGUCCUGGUCCGUGAGAUCAUCCUCUACAUCCUCAAACCGGAGUCAUUCUCAGUUUGGGGGGGCCUGGGUCUGUGUUUGGGUCUGGCCUUUAUGGACCUCUUAAGGAUCAGCUCUAGGACUCUGUUUUGGGCCAUAGGCUUACGGACAGGAAUCAGGAUGAAAACAGGUUUCUGCAUGCUGGGCUUCCGCAAGAUCAUCACUCUGAGUACACACAGCGAAGUCUCUGUGGGACAGAUGGUGAAUGUGUUGACCAGUGACAGCUACAAGCUGUUUGAAGCCGUCCGGUGGUGCCCGACUCUGCUGCCCUCCCCCCUCCUGUUGAUCAUGUGCGCCGCCUACUCCUGCCACAUCCUCGACUACACUGCUCUCAUCGGCAUCUUCAUCUUUCUCGUCUUCAUCGUCCUCCAGUUUGUGUCUGCCAGGCUCAUUAACCGGUUCCAGAAAAAGGCUGGGGAGAUCACAGACAGCCGAGUCCGCUCCAUCAAUGAAGUCCUCAGCUGCAUCAAACUCAUCAAGAUGUAUGUGUGGGAGGAGUCCUUCUACAGGAAAACCACAGACAUCAGGACAAUAGAGAGGAGGAUGUUGGAUAAAGCUGCUCUGAUCCAGAACUUCAGUGCGACCAUCAGCCCUCUCGUCCCGAUCAUCGCCAUCAUGGUCACCUACACCAUUCACACCUGGCUCGGUCUACCUCUCAGCACCAGCACCGCUUUUCCUUUCGUCACCCUCUUGAACAGCGUGAGGUUUAUUCUUUCAUCGUUGCCCCCUUGUGUUGGUUUCCUUGCUGAAGCUGCUGUGUCUGCGGCUCGUCUCAAGAGGUUACUGCUGACAGAGAAUACAGAGCCAUACAUCAACCACAGCACCAGCAGCCCAUCAGCGGUCGUCGUCAUGGAGAAUGCCACACUGUCCUGGACCAAACCACUCCACCACCCCGACACAGAGGACAGGGACAACCUAGUGUCUGAAGCCAGAGCUGCUGAAGGGAUGCCCGUCCUGAGGAACGUCUCCUUCACUUUGCACAAGGGCAGACUGCUCGCUGUGUGUGGGACUGUUGGCAACGGGAAGACGUCACUGAUCUGCAGUCUGUUAGAACAGCUGAACCUACAGCAAGGAUCGGUCUCGGUGCAGGGAUCAAUUGCUUAUGCCGCUCAGCAGGCCUGGAUCUUCUACGGGACAGUGCGGGACAACAUCCUGAUGGGGGAACCUCUGGACCACUCCAGGUACAACCGAGUCCUGAGCUGCUGCUGCCUGAAGGACGACCUCAAAAUCCUGCCGCACGGUGAUCAAACACUGUUAGGAGAGGAGGGGGUGAACCUGUCGGGGGGGCAGAAACAGAGGGUGAGUCUGGCCCGGGCCGUCUACUCCAACCGAGACAUCUACCUGCUGGAUGACCCACUGUCUGCCGUCGAUGCUCACGUUGGGAAACACAUCUUUGAGCAAUGCAUCAAGAAAGAGCUGCUGGGGAAGUCCAUCAUACUGGUUACUCACCAGUUACAGUACCUGGAGUUCUGUGAUGAGGUUCUGGUUCUGAAGGAUGGGGCGGUCCUGGAAACAGGAAGCCACGUGGAGCUGAUGAAGGCGGAGGGACACUACGCUGACAUCAUCACCACACACCUGGCCGAGCCAGCCACCAUAGAGCUCAACAGCGUGGUUCCUGAACCCCAGAAAGAGACAGCCCAGAAAAAGAAAGUUAACGGUCAUACGAACGGAGGGAUAGUCAAUCCAGCCUUCGACAUGUCGGAUGAGGACACCGAUGCACUUUCAUCCGCCUGCAAACCUGCUGAUCAGAAGAGUGAAGCGAGUUUGAUCACCUGGAGAACCUUUCAGCAGUACUGUCAUGCAGCCGGAGGACUCUGUGUGAGCUUCUUUACUCUCCUCAGCUUCAUGUUGCUAACAGCUAACGGGAUGUUAGGCUACUGGGCCCUCAGCUACUGGCUGCAGCAGGGAGCCGGGACUGCCAACGUGACAUCUUCAGAGCGAGACAACGUCUCUCUGAACCCCGACCUGCACUUCUACCACCUGGUAUGUGCUGCGAUGUUGGGCAGUCUGCUGAUCAUCUGCUUCAUCAAAUGUUUCUGCUUCGUCAGAGUCACGCUUAACGCUGCCACCACGCUGCACAACAAGCUGCUCAGCAACAUCUUAGCGAAACAGAUGAGUUUCUUUGACACGACUCCAACUGGCCGCAUCCUCAAUUGUUUCUCCACGUGUCAGAACGAGGUGGACUCUGCAGUGCCUUUUUAUCUCAACAUCCAGCUCAUGUUCUCUCUGAUGGCCAUCUUCAGUUUGAUCAUCUCUGCUGUCACCUUCUCGUACAUGCUGCUGCCGGCGUGCAUCCUGGUCAUGGUCUUAAUUAUCCUUGUCAGCCUGUUUCUGAGAAACGUGUGUACGUUGAAGAAGAUGGAGGACAUCAGUCGCUCUCCCUGCAUCUCUCUGUGCACCUCCAUCGUUAAAGGCCUUGGCACCAUUCACGCCUACGACAAGACGCACAACUACACAGAGCGGUUUAAGAGUCUUUCUGACAUCAACGCUAACCACUUCUUACUUUAUAACUACGGCCUAUUUUGGAUCUCCAACAUAAUGGAUACUCUGUAUGUCAUUAUGACGCUGAUAGUCGCUCUGCUGGUCGUCUUCAUCUCCAACGACGUCUACAGCCCCCCCUUAAAAGCCCUCUCUCUGAAUUUCAUCUUACAGCUGUCGGCAAACUCUCAAUAUCUGAUCCUGUCCCUGAUUUCGGUUGAAGCAAGGUUCAUCUCCGUGGAGCGCCUGCUCGAGUACAUCACGGGCUCAGAGGAGUUGGAGGAACAGCUGAAGGUGGAUCCAGUCUCAGAGGACUGGCCUCAGCACGGAGUCAUCACCUUCCUGGACUAUAAGAUGCGCUACAGACAGAACUUACCUGUUGUCCUGAAUGGUCUGCAGCUCCACAUCAGAGCCGGGGAGAAGAUCGGCAUUGUGGGAAGGACUGGCUCUGGGAAGUCGUCUCUGGCUGUGGCAUUGUUCCGGCUGGUUGAACCAACUGGAGGAAGUAUCCUGAUAGAUGGUGUGGACAUCACAUCCAUCAGCCUGUCUAACCUGCGAACAAAACUGUCCAUCAUCCCCCAGGACCCCAUGCUGUUCACCGGGACUGUCAGGUACAACCUGGACCCUUUCAACAGACACAGUGAUGAGGAGAUCUGGGCAGCGCUGGAAAAGACCUACAUGAAGGACACAAUUUGUGGUCUGGAGAGGAAGCUGCAGGCUGAGCUGGCGGACAACGGAGGAAACUUUUCAGUAGGACAGAGACAGCUGAUCAGUCUGAGCCGAGCACUGCUACAAAACUCCAAGAUCAUCCUAUUGGACGAGGCGACAGCGUCUAUCGAUGCCGAGACCGAUGCUCUGAUCCAGAUCACCAUCAGAGAGGCGUUCAGGCGCAGCACGGUGCUCACCAUCGCUCACCGCAUCCACACGGUGCUGCAGGCCGACCGCAUCCUCGUCCUUAACCACGGACAGGUCGCGGAGUUUGAUCAUCCAGAAGUGUUGAAACAAAGACCAGACUCGCUGUUUGCCUCUCUUUUAACGGCUUCCAACACUGUGGCGUUCUGAUGUUGUUAAACCCACCACAGUGACCUCAGAGGACUUUACAGCAGUUGAAAUCAUCAUUGAAAAGCCUCACCAAUGUUUACAAGGUUCUUCCUCCUUUCUUCUUCCGGGACAUGAACACCCAUUUCCUGUGUGAAAGUCUGUUUUUAUUUAAUUAUGGUGCUGACAGUAAUACAUACGUACAAUAAAUGCAGAUUAUAGUGAUUUACUUUUCAAAGCUAUAUGUACAAAUGCUUCAUGAGAACAGGCUGAGUCGUCUCCAUGAUACCACAUUGAAUCUGGCUUUUAUUGCAAAAAGGGAAAAUGUCUUUUGUGUUGUCAGUCUUACGGAUCAAUGGCCCACCUAAUGUGGACUAUAACAAUCUGGCUAAGACUCUUGAUAGGCAUCAAUGUUCUCCCUGACUUGUUUGAUGUCUCACCAAACCAGAUUUAAUAGAAGCACACACUCUUUUUCUAAUAUUUGGAGGCUUUCUAAUAUUAUCUGCACUCACACUUUUGAGUUUGGACAGCACUGGAUAUUAAUAAUCUGUGAUUUAAACUAAGCUCAAUAAAGGUUGAGAAAAAUAAAAACGUUGGCCCUUUGGUGUCUACCCUUCACAAUAAAACCCUUUCUUAAAUUCACUUCGUAUUGCGCGAAGAGGAGACCCACUAAAAAGGCAUUUUUUUCUGACACUAGAUAUCAAACAAAAGCCAGACACUUUAUUAUUCAUCUGAGCUUUUUUGUCCGCAGUUUUGUUACAAAAGAGGAAGCUACUGUUGCUGCUGAACUCGCUUCAGUAAAAACAUAUGUGACACGUGGAGUUGUGCGUGUGUGUGUGUUUGUGUGUGUGUGUGCAUUGGGAUGGCCAAAAAGAUGCUAAACAACUUGCAAAGUACUGUGACAUAUCUGCUAUUAUUGGCAGCCGCCGCAUAUGGUGUAGACGCUGCUGCUUAUACUCUUUAAGAAGUGAGUAUUGUGCUACUUAUACCCUUCAGAACUGAGUGUUGUGCUACUUGUACCCUUAAGAACUGAGUAUUGUGUGU